AUGGAAGGUACAUAUGUUGAUCUACUGGAAAAGGAGGAAAUAAGCGGAAACAAGAAGGUUUGGGCCAUCGGACCAAUAAUCCCAUCAACAAUACGUCAAGGCAGAAACUCAGCAAGCCGAUGCAAAUGCUUGGAGUGGCUUGAUAAUCAAUCCCCAAAAUCUGUAAUAUAUAUAUCUUUUGGAACGACAACUUCAAUGGCAGAUGAGCAGAUCAAAGAACUUGCUAUCGGGUUACAAAAGAGCAAGCAGAAGUUUAUCUGGGUAUUGAGAAAUGCAGAUAAAGGUGACAUUUUUGCUGGAGAAGUUAUGAGAAGAAAACUACCAGAAACAUUUGGGGAGAGCAUGGAAGGAGUUGGAAUGGUGGUGAGAGAAUGGGCACCUCAACCAGAAAUUUUAGGGCACCCGUCAACAGGUGGGUUUAUGAGUCACUGUGGAUGGAACUCAUGCUUGGAGAGCAUUACUAUGGGGGUGCCAAUAGCGGCCUGGCCAAUGCACUCUAACCAACCACGGAAUACAGUUCUAAUUACAAAAAUAUUGAGAGUUGGCCUGGUUGUAAGGGAGUGGGCACACCGUGAAGAGCUGGUGACAUCCUCAACUAUAGAGAAAGCUGUGAAAAAGUUGAUGGGAACAAAAGAAGGGGACGAGAUAAGGAAGAGAGCUGAGGAGCUGGGCAGCGCCGUCUGGCAGUCUAGGCAGCAAGGUGGUAUCUCUCGCAUGGAGUUGGAUACCUUCAUUGCUCAUAUUUCUAGAUAAGUUGGUUUUCCAUUGGUGUUUCAUCAAUGGAAAUAAUUACAAGAAAAAGAAGAGACUGAGCACAACGUACCUUGAACUGUCUUUGUCUAGUUGUUUAAAGGUUACCUUGAACUUGUAGCUGACUGGAAAGACUCCAGAAUAUUACCAUUUGAACUUCUGGUCGUAAUCUGAGAAGGGAGCUUGUUAUACAUGUGAUUGUUCUUUGUUUAUCUAGGCACCCAAUAUGAUUUAGCUAAAAAUUCACAAACUGGUUUCCAUUGUGAUAGAAGAUGAAGAUCUUCAUUUACAAGCUAGUUCUCCGGGUAAAAUCAUAUCAACAGUGUAAGUGGCAGAAAAUUCCAAUAAUUACAAUUUAUUAAUGAAAAAAUG